AUGACCAAAGUCUAUGCAGUGGACUACGGAGAAAACGAUCGAAAAGGAAAAAGGAAGAAGAGCUGCUCCAUCGCACCUUCCAAGAUCGACGUGUACGUCCAACAGGAGGCUGGUCAAUGGAAGGAAGACGAAGAAGCUUCCAUUGAACGCGGUGCCUCGAAGUCGGACUGGUAUGGUUACACCGCGCCUGUCGAUCCAUCAAGUGGAUCAAGUGAGCAUCGGGAGUUUCGGCAAGCCGCCCAACUUGUGCGGGAUUGUGUCUUUGCGUACACACCGUCUCCUCGAUGA